CUCUAUAUAUACGAUACGUCGAUCGUCUCUUAUCCUUUGACAUUAUAUACCAUUUCACAGGCCUCUUCAGGUGCAGAAUUCAAGAAUGGACAAACAGUCCGUCGCAGCUGGUUUUGUGGUGAUACUUGUGCUCUUAGGAAGCGGUAUGGGUGCAGAGAUCUGUGAGAAAACAGGCGUUAAAUUGGUCAUAUGCACCAAGUCUAACUGCCAGCGGUUCUGUCAUCUGGAGGCAGAGGCAACUCACAGAAAACUCGAGCAGCAUUGGUGCGGUGGGACGGUCUUCAACGCUUGCUACUGCAAAGUUUGCACCAUCUUAUAGAACUUGAAUAGAUAUUUACUCUGCCAAGUGCACUUGAAGCUUUGAUUUAAUAAUUGGGCACUUUGUAUCCUGGAGUCAGUGUUUGGAUGUGAUAAUAAUAUGUCUGGUCUCAGCGAAAGGCGAAAUUCAUA